AUGGCUUUGUUGUCACUUCCUCUCCUUGCAGGAGCAACACUACUUCUCUUCGUCAUUGCCCUUGUCCGACGCCUGUUCUCUCCUUUGUCUCGUUUCCCAGGACCAAAGUUAGGUCUCUUGACGCCAUGGCAACUAAGGUAUCACGAGCUUCAAGGCAAGCGGACACAAUACAUUCACCAGAUGCACCAGCAGUAUGGUAAUGUCGUCCGCGUUGCUCCCAACGAGGUUGUCUUCUCGUCGCUCGAGGCGAUGAAGGAGAUCUACCUUUCCAAGGGAAGUGGUUACGACAAGCCCUCAUUCUAUGACCUAUUCUCUCAGUUUGGUCUCAGGACAAUGUUUUCUACUCGCGAGAAAGGCCCCGUAACUUCCCCACCUGAUCCAUCCCAGCACAGCAAGAGAAGACGCAUCAUCGCAGAUCGCUACGCCAACUCCAACGUCAUCCGAGAUUCUGCCCUUCACGGCAUUCAAGAGAGGUCACAGAAUUUCAUCAAGAGAUGCUCCGAAGCUCCGAGGCAGGAACUUGAUGUCUAUAACGCCAAUACUGUACCUGAAACUGACAUGGUUCUAGGACGUCUUUUUAUUCACUACAAUCCCACGAUAGGUAGCCUCAUGGGGAAGCUCGGCGUCUUUGGCAAGUCUCGUGACAUCCCUAGGACUAGGCAGCUCAUCCUUGAUGGAGCCACUGGCGGCCCUGUUGCUGAUUUUACCCUCGUCAGUCGCAUGCGCGAGGAUAAGUUCGGCAUGGGACCCAUGGUCAUUGCAUCUGAAUGUAUGGACCACACCCUAGCCGGUAUCGAGACAACAGGUGAUGCCCUCUGCUUCUUAAUGUGGCAGAUCUCACAGCCUGGCUACGAAAUCAUCCAAGAACGUCUUCGCGACGAGUUUCUAGCCAACGAGGGUGUAUCCUUUGAACAGCUCCCCUAUCUCGAGGCAGUCGUCAAGGAAGGGUUGAGAGUCUUCCCUUCGAUUCCAAUGAGCUUACCCCGGUGUGUCCCUCCCGAAGGCGCAUCUGUGGAUGGCCACUGGCUCCCCGGCGGAACACUCGUCAGCUGCCAGCCAUAUUCCAUGCACCGGAUGGACGAGGUCGCGUUCCCGGAACCAGACAGCUUCAAGCCCGAGCGGUGGUUGGAGGAGAAGGGUUUGGCAGAGAGGAACCGACUGUUCUUUACUUUUUCCAACGGUGGACGGGCAUGCAUCGGCCGACAUCUGGCUGUGGCCGAGAUGAAGACUCUGAUGAGGGAUAUCUAUUCAACUUUCAAGACUACCCCAGCGGAGGGCAUGGCUGCUGACAUGAGCAUGGAUGAUCAGAUUUUUACGUCGCGGCCGAAGGAUCAAAAGUGUAUUCUCAAGUUUACGCGGUGGGAAGAAGAACUUGUAUGA